CUUCAAGGAGACCUGUACAGGACUUUUUAGCAGCUUAUAGGUGUUUGUGUUAGGACCCGAAGCAAAAUGCUCCCAUGGGGCCAAGUGACAUUAGCUUUAGUAGUGGCUACUAGUGCAUCAGUCAUACAAGAGUGUGUUGAACUGAAUGGAGCAUCCUACAGUGGAGUGAAGAAGAUCAGCUCCUCAGGAGAAACAUGUUUAAACUGGAUAAACACCAGCAGAUCAUACAACCUGACCAUCAACCUUGGCACUGACCCUGGACAGUGGGAUCACAACUACUGCCGUAACCCUGAUGCCUCAUCCAGGCCGUGGUGCUUUGUAUUCGCUGAAGAUGGUAUCAAGAGACAAGACUGCUUAGUAGAUGCUUGCCAAGAUCAGACCUCUGUAGUAGGUUCUGAGGCUGAGACUGAGACUGAGGUGGCGGCUGAAGCGACGUCCUCUGGUCAGGGUCAGACUGAGCCGCGGAGCGUCCAUUCACCCAGAGAGAGUGUUGCAGUGAAACCUGACCCAGGCAUCAACCGGAGAGUCAGCCUCAGAGGCAGCCAGAAGAAAGACCUUGGAGCGCUGGGCUAUGCACUCGCAGGUGUUUUGAUGGCAACCAUUGUACUGCUAGGCACAGGAAUAUCUAUCGGCUUCGUCUACAGAAAGGGUGUAAAGUUGAGGAUGCAGCAGGAGCAGAGAGCUUAUGAGCAGGAAAUGCACAGAAUCAAUCUCCCCCUAUCGGCUUUCACCAACCCGGCCUGCGACAUCACCGACGAGCAGCCGGCGUCCGCCAGCGUCCUGCAGGCCGGAGAGAGAGAGGAGGGAGAACCGACAGAGAGAGAGAGACCUGCUGAAAAACAGAUUCACACAUUCAAAACAAAUAAUGAGGCAGGUUUGGAGAAAGAGGGCUGAUUUUAGCUUGUCUCCCCCUCUCCUCCCCACGGACUCAGACACUUUCCUCAGGGAACGAAUUCAGAAGGACGUCGGUAAAAGUAAAGCCCAGAAGACUAAAAGUUAAUAUGGUUCUUUACUGUUGUUGUAGAAACGGCUCAGACUGUAAUCUUUCUAAAUGAAAAGGGAACACAGUGCAGGCUGGGUUUGGGCUUUUAUUUGUAUGUAGGUUCACAAUGCUGUGCAGAAGUCAGAGACCCCUAGAGAGAACACACAAUAAGUACAUAA